AUGUGGUACUACUGCUAAUGUUGAAAAGCAUUUAAGUAGUGAAACUGUUCUGCUGUGAUUUCUUGGCUUCUUUGGAAAUAAAGCGAAAAGGAAAGCACCAAGAGGGCUGGCAGGAUGGUGACCAGCGACCAGAACUGGCUACGUUGAAUAAUUUACUCAAUAGUUCUAUAUUGUUCUAUAUUGAGUGUUUGGUGGUUAUGUCUACGGAUACACAACUUCAAAGCCAAUCCGGAAUUCGUUAUAUACGUGUGAAUGUUUGAAACAGUUGUGUGUAGCUUCUGUGUGAAAAAUGGAUGUAGCUGCAUUUUCUGAUGAUAAUUUCCAAGUAGAAGACUGGAUUAAUAAGACAUUCAAAUUUGCUGAGGCUCAGGAGAACAAAGAUGCAUUUGUGUCAUCUCUUAUUAUGAAGUUGCAGUUGUAUGUGCAACAAGUGAACAGUGCAUUGGAGGAUACAAGUCAACAGGUACUCCAAAGCCUGCCUCGAGUGAUGAGAGACACUGAAAUACUUCAUCAGGAAGCAUUAUUGCUACGUGACAAAAUGCAUUCAGUGAAACAGGAAAUUGCUAAGGUUGAGCAAGACACAGGACAGUCCAUGAAAAUCCUGGAGCGAAUUGACACAUUAAAAACAGAACUUCAAAUAGCAAAACAAGCUUUGCAUGAAGCGGACAACUGGACUGUGCUUGCUACAGAUCUGGAAGAGGUAUUUGAAUCUGGUGAUAUAGAAAGUAUUUCAGCAAAACUUGUGAGCAUGCAGCAGUCUUUAAGGAUCUUAGCAAAUGUUCCAGACUAUGAAGAUAGGAAACUUCAGUUAGAGGGCUUGAAGAACAGGCUAGAAGCAAUGACAAGUCCACUGUUAGUUCAGGCUUUUACUUCUUCAUCUGUUGAGCAAUCACGGGUGUUUGUGAGGAUCUUCACAGCAAUAGACCGCCUUCCACAACUGCUCAAGUAUUAUCACAAGUGUCAGAAGGGGGUAUUGAUGCAGCAGUGGCAAAAUUUGGUAGAGACGGAACAGGAUGAAGGGGUUGCAGAAUGGAUGCAUAAGUUCUAUGAUAUACUCCUGUCCAAUUGGCAUGAUCAGGUUAAAUGGUGUUGCCAGGUGUUUACAUCUGCGUCAGUAGCCAACACUCUUAUUGAAUUAUACGCAGACACACUAAAAAGUCUGGAUCCCAGUUUCAGUGCAUGUAUUGAUGCAGCAUUGAAGCAGCAGUCUGAUCAGUUAACUUUUUUAAUGGAUCUUCGGCAGAUCACCAAGCACUUUGCUGUGAACUUGCAGGUUGCGGUCGAUUCUGCCAGUCAGGGUAAACCAGUUAAUAAGGAAGGACUGCUAUUACUGGCUCAGUCUGUGUAUUCUCCUUAUGUGGCACAUGUGUCAAAAUAUGCACACUAUGAGCAGACAUAUCUAGUGCAGCAACUAACAGUCCUGGAAUGCAGUAAAACUGACCUAAUGGACACAGUACAGAGUCUGGGUCAGUCUACUCCACGAGCCAUUUCAAUAGCAGUUGAGGCUAAUAAGAGAUGUUUAUUGUUCACGGAAGGUUGUGGGUACUGUGGCCUCAUAAAGGCUCUAAAAAUAUACAUCAGCAAGUACCUGGACCAGUAUCGUCACAUUCUUCGUCAGCUUGACUUCCAGAAAAGUGAUAGAGAAGAUUGGAAUAUGUUUCAGAUGUGCCUCACACUGCUUCAGAGUGUUGGGGAGCUGUUGAAUCAGCUCAGACAGCUAGAUCGAGAUGUGACUCGCAGUUUACUAGAUGUAUCACGCAAGUUGAGUGAUUUGAAUGGAAGCAAGGAAGGGAAUCCCUUUAUCCAGUUCAAGAAACUGCUUUUAUCUUCUGCAGGACAGAAAGAAUUAGAUGCUUUGUUCAGCAGUAUGCAAGAAGGAGAACAGAUGUUGCUGGAGGAACAUAUAACUCUGUCACUGAACAAGCUGUGCAGCGAUGUACAUCAUACAACAUUUCAAGUUAUCUUUGCUCCCAUCUCAGUGCAAUUAGAACAAGUUCAGUCUGCAUCUGCUUGGAGCAGUGUCAGUAAGCCAGCAACUGCUAUUUCAGCAGAUCUUCCUGCUUUCAGCUUUGCCCCACAGGAAUAUAUUACACAGAUUGGCCAGUAUUUAAUGACACUUCCGCAACACUUGGAGCCGUUUCUACUGCAAGACAAUCCAUCUCUAACACUGGCUCUUCGUGUGGCCGAUGCUAAGUAUGAGCUGCUGUCUGGAGGAGCAGAAGGUGGCUUUGCAGAUGUACUGCUUGGUAUCAUUGCUAAAGGCACUUGCCAAACAUAUUGUGACAACAUCCUUGGUAUCUGUGAAUUGGGACCUGGUGCUUGUAAACAGCUCGCUACAGAUAUUGACUAUCUAGGCAAUGUUUUGGAAGACCUGGGGUUAUCACUGUCAGACCAUCUGCAACAAGUAUCAACAUUACUCAGACUGUCACCUGAGGAGUACCAGACCAAGAGCUCUGGAUGUUCUCCCCGCCUGGUAGCAGCUGUGAGGCAGAUGCGAAAUAUCACCUCAUCAGGAUGAACUACUGUCCCUUUGGUUUAUAAUUCUGUAUGGCAGGAUGGAGCAGUUAUGAUAUGGGGAAUUUAUAUGAAUUUUAAACCCCCCAUCCCAANUCU